CUACUGAUUCCUUGGUGAGUUGUCAAUCGAGGAAGUGCUUCUUGUAUACUGGAAGGUAAACUCUUUUGUUGGUGAACCUAAAUUAUCUGUAGUCGAAAUGUUGGUGAGUUUGUUAGUUUUCCUUGUCCUACCGACGGCAAAAGCUCAGUCUUGCUCUAUGGUUAACUGGUGGUCAAGCUUUGACAAAAAGGGCUACUCAACCUGUUCCUUUCAGUCCACCUACAUGAAUGGCCUUUACAGGAAUGACUAUGGGAGUGAUAAAAUUUACCGUCUUGAAGAAGUGAAAUGUUGCGGACGAACACCUCCUUACUAUAAUCAGCCAACACAAUGCAUGGCCGCUGAUUGGGUUCACAGUCUGGAUAACAACCAUCGCUGGAGCACAUGUCCCACUGGUCAUUUUCUACAAGGUCUUUAUAGAAGUGACGGAAACAACCUGCACAACAUCGAAUAUGGAAAAUGCUGUAAACCUGCUAACCAUCCUUAUUGGUGGGGCGACUGCUACGAUCACGACAUUAAGAUAUCGUUUGACAGCAAGGGGGUCAGUAAAUGCAAUGCUGAAUAUUACAUGACAGGCUUGUAUCGAGGAGGCUGCGAUGGCUUGAGCUGUAUCGAAAAAAUCAAAUGUUGCAAAAUGUACCCAAACCCACCAACUUUGACCUCCUUAUCCGACGUGAAAACACGAGUUAUGGAUGUGACUAUGAAACAUUUUGCUCUCCUGGCACACUACCUCGGUUACGGUUGGUGCUCUGGCUGUCGUGCUGAGUGGGUUGGCGAAGACUUCAGACGCAGCGGAGACAGUUGGCAUGCAAGUAAAGCAGGAUCAUGCGAAGGUUAUAAGUCGGACCAACGGCUAAAACUCAACUAUGGCGACUUCAAGUUUUCUAUCAAGGAUAUCAAAUACGGAGAUCCUGUGAUACAGUCAUUACAGCCAACUGUCUACGAUUCCGGUAGAGUGGUGAAUGAUGACGUCAGCAGUCUUGUGCACAAGAUUGAACGAGAAAUUCGCAGCGUGAGAACAGUAUCCCAUACCACAACCAGCUCAUGGAAAUACUCUCAUGAAUUGGGGAUUGAGAUAUCUUACUCACCACCAGGAGCUACAGGGGGAGUCGGAGGCAAGGUUAACUAUAAAUUCAACUACGAGAAAUCGUCGACCACGAGUGAUUCAACAUCAAACCAACAAUAUAACAGUAUUAAGAUUCUGUCACAGAAAACUCUCAACCCAAACUCUGCUGCCACGUACAAGAUCAUGCUAACCAAAACCCGAUCCACAGUACCCUAUACUGCAACAGUAAUUGCCCACUUUUCAGGGGAAAUGGACGGAUUUUUAAGAUGGGGAGGUGGAUACGGUGGAGAUAGUACCAAUUAUCACUAUCAGCACAGAGGCAGUGGAGAUAGACCUACAUUCAAAUAUCGUUUUGGAAGCGCCAGCAAACCAUUUUACACCGCUCUGAAAGAAGAAAGCGACCGCAGUAUGCGUCCUUGGCAAUGGACAGACAUGAAAAAUAGAUACACGUCAGCACAAAGCAUAAUAAAUACCUUAGUUGAUGAAAAAUUGUAUGAAUUUACUUUGACUGGAAAGUUUGAAGAUGUUAUAGGUCAACAUGCUGAAGUUCAGUGGAAGAGUGAAAGUUUGAGUGGAAAGAAACGUUCAUUGUUUGGCGGGAAAAUGCCUCUUACUCAGGAAGACUUCCCAGAAUCCCUCAGUGACGAAGAUCCACCGGAGAUCUUCCCAGCACCACCUGUGGUCACAAUCAAACCAGUCAUCUUCAAGGAAGACGCCGUUAAGCACGAGAAGCCUCUUGGUUGAAGCCUUUUGAAAUUACUACAAAUGAUAAAAGCAAAUAGAAAUAGAUUCUGAUAAAUUUGUGUAAUUACUUUAAAAUUUGAAUAAAGCUUUCA